AUGUCUCGCGGCGCAUUUCGAUAUCGACCACAUUACGGUGAUCCAAAUCAGCCUCCCCAUACGGAUUUCCGUCAGUACAACCCACCUGGACAUGAGCAAGCUCGGCAAGGUGAAUACAGUGAUACUUUAGUUAGGGAUGGGCUUAACAUUUAUGAAAUAGUGGACUCGUGGAGAUCUUACAGGAACGAUACGGCAAAUCUUCAGACCUCUAGCAACCAUCGAUGGAUGCCACCACGCGUACCAAGUGACUACAUGCAAGGGAGUUACUCUCCAAACAUGAGCGCGAACUCUUCUGCAAACUUUCCGUUGCGGCAUAGCAACACUGGUACAGCCGAUCCAAGCGCACCGUUAAGGUCAGUUCACAGUUACGCUCGAUAUCCUACAUAUCGAGUUGACAAAUCAUAUAGGACGCGGACCAGCACCCAGGGCGGGGGGAUAGUCCAGCAACGUCAGGACAACGUGCCACUGGCGGCGUCCCACCGCUACACAUUACGAUCAACACAACCUCAACAAGUCGCUGCUUACAGUACUUCCAGUCAAGAUGUCCCUCUACCAUCAAUCGAGAUUCCAGACGCCCCCGUUCCUCACGGCAGAUUUACAGACUUACCACUCCGUCAGGUCCGGAGUGGACGCAGCCGCAGCACAAUCCCUCGUGGAGUUGAGCCAGUGCCUGUUCCGAAGCCUACGUCAGACUAUAAGAAAACGGCCGCACUUCCGCCGGCACUCAGACAAAACGCACAAAAACUACUCGUGAUCCUAGAUCUGAACGGUACUUUACUCGUGCGACCGAACCGCAGAGCAGACCCGACAAAGUUCAAAAUCCGACCAGGCGUUACCCGAUUGCUUGACUACUUAUUCGCCAACCACGUUGUCAUGGUGUAUUCCUCCGCCAGACCAGAGAACACUACAGCCAUGGUCAAAAACUUCAUGCAUCCCGUGCAGCGCCAACAGAUGGCCGCCGUCUGGGCCAGAGACAAACUAGGCCUGACCGAACAUCAAUACUACAACAAAGUUCAAGUGUACAAGAAACUCGACAAGAUCUGGUCAGAUAGCGCGAUUCAAAGCAAGGCCGAGAAGGGAUGUAAAUGGAACCAGGGCAACACCGUCCUCGUCGACGACAGCCAUUUGAAAGGGCUGGCCCAACCCAACAAUCUUCUACAAGUACCUGAGUUUGAGAACAACGCGCCAAGGGAGGGCGGCGCCGCCUUGCGCGACUGGCAGCUGAAUGAGCAAGCGAUUCUCGAAUCUCUCGAACUGAAACUCGAAGAACUCAAAUACCAAGUCGACGUCUCCCGUCUCAUCCGGCAAUGGCAGACGGGCCAACGACAAGCUCCCGGCGUUGUCGACGAGACCAUCGACCAGAAGACGCAGCAGAGAAUCGAGCAGCCUGAGGCGACGCCAGCCCCACCCAGUGUAGGAGGCACAUCUCCUGCCCCAAGUGUCGGUUAUGGCGCUGGCCCGGGAGGAAGCACGCCUACGCCGAGCAGUCUGUCUCGCACCGUCACACUCGCAAGCGAAGAUGAGCUGGCUGAUGGUGGUGGUGCCGGCGGGGGCGUUGGCCUGGGCGAAAAUCUUCUCGAUGUGCUAGAGAAGGAAAUUGACCGCCAACUCGAGUCUUCUCCACAGACUCAAACGAUACCUUCGAUCGACAAUGGUGCCUCGAAUGCCGCUUCCAAUAAUGUCCACAAUGAUGCCCCGCUCGCGGAAAAAAGAAAAAAGAAGAAGAAGAUGAGCCCCAAAUUCAAGGGCAACCGCAAAGAGAAGAACAAAAACAACGUGGAACAAGCCCCGCCGACCCCGGAGAGUCUGCCGCCGUGA